AUGAACGUUUCGGUAAAAUGUGUCAAAUACUCAGGUAGACGGCUGCAGUCUACAUUUGUACCAAGAAUGGUAUUCCCAGAUUUCAAUAUACCAACAAGUGACUUCAAAGGACAUCAAAAGAAAGCUAUACAAAGAGCUCAAAAUCUCCUUCCUCAGCUUAAUCUUCUAGUUGAACUUCGAGACAGCCGGGCUCCAAUAGCCACUAGGAACCUCAUAUUCGAUUACUUGUCCUUAGAAAAGAAAGUUGACAGACUAGUAGUUUACACCAAAACUGAUCAAUGCGAUCCUGCUAUUAUUGCAUCAUUAAAUAAAUGGCAUAAGGAAAUGGACGAACAAUAUAUCAUGAUAGAUGGAAGAAGCAAAAAGGGCGCUAAAGAUCUCUUACAUAUAUUAAAAUGGAAGUAUGAUAAGUUUCUCCAGAAAAAUGAUCCGGGGAAGAAGACUGUGGGACUACCACUGGGUUAUAGAAUGCUAAUUGGCGGCAUGCCUAAUGUUGGGAAAUCAACACUCGUUAAUAGUUUAAGAUUUACUGGAUAUGCAGGCUUGGAUCAUUCGGAUGGAAGCAAACCCAAGAAGGUUGCGAAGACAGGUGAUCAGGCAGGUGUCACCAGGAACACUAGUGAAUGUAUCAGAAUCAGUGAUUAUAAAGGAGGGUUGUUUCUAUAUGAUACGCCUGGAAUAUCUUUACCUGCCAAAGCAAUGAGCAAGCAAAGAAUGCUAUCACUCAGUUUAUGUGGGUGCGUUAAAAACAAUCUAGUGGACCCUGUGAUUCAAGCAGAUUUUCUGUUGUAUCUUUUGAACCUACAGGGAAAAUAUCAAUUCUACACACACUACACUACAACCCCUACUAACAACAUUGACAUUUUGUUGAGUGGCCUCAAAAAGCAAGUAGGAAUGACAAACGAGAAUGCUGCAGCCAUCUAUUGGACAGAUUCUUGGAGACAAGGUAGAGUUUUAAAAUCUGGGUUAAGAUCUGGUUCUAAGAAGUCCUCUAAAGCUACUCCAGCUCUAUUCGAGUUGGAACCCAUUUUGGAAAACUUUCAAUACAAGAAAACUAUGCAAGAAGAACUUGAAAUUCUCAAAGGUUGGGAUGUUUUAUCCCAACCCUUACUCAACAAAAGAGAAAAGCAUUUAUCUAAGGCAAAUACGCUUUUCUGA